AUGGCGCAAAUUAAACAAGAAUUAAUAAAUCCGGGUGAAGCUGAGCAACAAGUGCUGCAAAUUGUAGAAGCCGCAGCAGAUGGAAUCGAUAUGGACGCAUUGACAGCGCUAACAGCCGCCUUGCAGCCAAUUGAGCGGCAAAAUGCGAUAAACGGAUUGCUGGGCUCGAAAAAACUGACAAUUCAACAAGCACCGGGUGGAGUUUUGAGAUUGAAAGUAAAUACUGGUCAACAAAUUGGUGGAACUCCCGAAGAACAGGCGAUUUAUUCACUUAUUGAAGAAUCGAAAACGCGAGGGAUUUGGAUUCGAGAACUUCGCGAUGGAACCGGUUUGAAUCAAUUGCAACUUAGAAAAACGCUGCGAAGUUUGGAGAACAAGAAAUUGAUCAAAACUAUAAAAGCUGUGGGGACCACUAAAAAGUGCUAUAUUUUGUUUGGAUUAGAGCCGGAUAUGUCGCUAACUGGUGGCACUUUUUAUUCAGAUCAACAAUUAGAUUCGGAAUUGAUUAAUACUUUGAUUAGUGUAUCGGGAUCCUAUGCUAAUGUGAGUUUUUGUCUGGAAUAAAACCUAAAUCUACGAAAUCCCAAGCACCCAUUGAAAUGAUGAAACUCACAUUUCCUAGCCAUUUUCAAUGAAAAAAAUUAGAAGUAAUAAUCUGAUUUUGAAAUAAAACACAUUAGAAAUGAGGUCACGUUUUCCGUGCAAUUUUUUAAAAAUAAUUUCAUAAUUCUUUUUUUUUAUUCAAUGAGUAAUUUCAUGUUUUAUUUAAAAUUUUGAAUAAGUUUUUUAUACCAAAAUUGACAAUUUUGGGCUUAAAAAUGCAUUCACAUGAAUUUCUAAUUUUCCAUAAAAUGUUAACCUCCAAAUUUUCAGAGUCGCCGAAAACACGCAAUUGAUUCAAAUCCAAAUGACAUUCAACUUCAACGCGAAGCCAGCUACAUUCGCCCACAAGAAAUCGCCGAUUUCAUCUCCGAAAAACGUGUUCUCAAUGUUCCAUUAUCUGUUGAAGACCUCGAAAAAAUCCUGGAUGUUGCAGUUUUAGAUGGAACUAUUGAGAGAAGAGCAGAUGGGAAGAUUCGAGCUUGUCCACCACGAGUUAGCGCAUCUCCACUGGUUUCAGUUCCUUGCGCAGUUUGUCCGGUUGUUGAGGAUUGUCGACCUGGUUAUAGUAUUUCACCGGAAACUUGUCAAUAUAUGAAACAAUGGCUCGAUGGAUUAUAG